AUGUCUAAAAAACUAUCAGGUGCUCAGAGACGAACAUUAACAAAAGACAGUGAAUUAGCUCACAGUGCUCUUUUAAGUAAAGUACCCAAGUUGACAAAAGUUUUCACAAUAGGUGAGGGCACUACCCAACAACCUACUUCAUCUUUACUCGCUACUUCAAAUACCCAGGACUUCGACCAUGAAUGUGAACAAGACCUAAUUUUAACUGAGGUAGAGGAGACUGCUGAAAUACUGAAGGAGGAAACCAGUGACAAGCUUAAGAAGGGAACUGUUGAAAUGUUAAACUACCAAAAUAAACAUUUUUCAAAUGACCCGUCAACUUGGCCUGAAAAUUUAACUGUCAGAGAGAGAGAGAGAGAUGAAAUCAUAACAAGGGGUGCUCCGUCAUUUAAAAAAAGUAAUGAUGACUAUCCGCUAAGCAGUGAAAAGCGUCAUUUUUCAAAUGAUUUUCAAUAUCGCCACGCAGAAAAUGGCGAGAAAGUGAAAAGGCGGUGGUUAGUUUAUUCUUGCUUUUCUGAUGCAGUGUUCUGCUUUCCAUGUUGUUUAUUUGACAAUAAUCCACACUCAAGUUUUGGCAAAAAGCAAGGAUUCAAUAAUUGGAAAAAAUUUCAUGAGCGAGCUUCAUCUCAUGAAACGUCAUCUGAGCAUUUUAAGUUUACCCAGCAAUGGAUUGAAGCUGAACGUAGAAUCAACCAAAAUGCCGCAAUUGAUACUGAGUCAGGGGCCAAAUACAAAAAGAAGCCGAGAGAUGGCAAAACGUACUAA